AAUGUUAUACCUGCAAAUCAAAUUUGUACCUGCUAAUACCUCCCCUCAACAAACGGGAGCUUCACCAAUGGGAGGAAGGGAAAAGACUGCUGUGCUGGUUUUCAGGUGGAGAAACAAUCUGGGAAGGGAGCUGGACUUGCUCAAGUUGCACAGGCAGGGCUGGAUGGGAUGGAUUGGCUACAUUCUUUCAGAAGCUGUCACUGAGUGUCCCCCAGGUGAUCACGGGGAUACACCCAGGCAGGGGACCCACUUCAGGGGUCAGGUUAGCCCAGUGUAGCCUGUCCUGGGUCAGUUUGAGGCUAAGUGCACAGGAGGGGCCAGUGCUCUUGCUCCAGGGCCAGCUGGGGCCUGAGUCAUAGCAGGACCUUGAAGCCAGAAGUUUCAGGGCAAGUGGUGCCCACUGUUGUAAAACAAUGACAGGUGGUGGCUGCCUCCCCACCAGCGCCUGUCUCCAGGGCAGGUCCUAAGGCUAUGGGGGCUGAAAUGAGGGCCUUGUGAGUAUCUUGGGGAGCACAGGGCUGUUCUUAACCUCCAGGGGCUUUGGAGCUGGGACCACAAGCUACUUUGAAGCUUCCCAUGGGACUCCAUGUUGGUAUCAAGGAACUGUUCUAGGAGCUGAGGCAGACUGAAAGCUAGAGCUGUCCACUCCAUCCUCUUCCAAUAGGUCCCACUGAGGGCAAUGGGUCCAGCUAGAGUUAGCACCUUCCUGGGGCCCUGAGGCUCCAGGGAGGCCUCUAGCAGUGCUGCUUACUCUACUGAAGGUUGGGGAUUGGGGAGAGUGAAACUGGGGUCAAGGAAGGUGGUGGAUGCACCCUUAGGAGCUCUAGCUGAGGCCAGCAAUGGCGAUGGGGGUCCCCUGCAGUGAUGUUGAGACACCCGGGGCUGAGGGGAAGAUUGCUUGCACUACCUGAGUCGCCCAGCCUGAAGGCCUGGUUCCCCGGCUCACAGACUGAACUGCACACAGCAGUGCCUGACUUCAGUCGGAUCGCUGCUGGGCCUCAGUUUCCUCACCUGUGAUGGGUGGAGUUGGGCCUAACUCCUGGCUCCAGGGCUUCAAAAGGUGGGCCUGCCGUUCCCUCACCUGCCUGUCAGCCAAAGCUUGGAGCCCACACCAGGUGCUCUGGAUUGUGCCGGAGAAGGGGGUUGGUUGGACAUGGAGGCUGGAGAGGGAAGAGUGCAGAACCCAGGUCUCUCCUGCUGCUGGCGCCGCUGGCUCAGGAGUGGACGCGGCCGCUUUAAGGCACGGUGACCCCACGGCAUCCUCGGGCGGGGCGGGGACAGUGCCGGCGCCACCAGCGGAGGCGAAUGCGAGGGAGGUAGUGCGCGGCGUCCGGCCUCACCAUGCUGACCGCGCUCGCCCCGCCAGCCCUGCCUGGGAUCCCGAGACAGCUGCCCGCGGCCCCCGCACGGCGCCAGGACUCCUCCGGUUCGUCAGGCUCCUACCACACGGCUCCGGGUUCUCCGGAGCCCCCGGACGUUGGGCCGGACGCGGAAGGCCCGGCGAAUUGGCCCUGGGUGGCCCUUGGGCGGGGGGCGGGCGCGCAGCCUCGCCUGUCCGUCAGCGCCCAGAAUAGCCGCCAGUGCCACAGGCCCGGCUCGGGUUUCCCUCGAGGCCCGGGCUCCCGCCCACGGCCACCCCAGCCCCAGCUGCGCACGCUGCCGUCGGGGGAGAUGGAAGUCAUCUUCGGCGUCGGACCCCUGUUCGGCUGCUCUGGCGCAGAGGAUAGCGAGGCGCAACAACUCACGGAGCCGGCCUUCAGCAGCCCCUUGCCACCGGGGCCAGCGUCUCCCGCCCCGGUCCCUCGCCAGUCCCAGGCCCCCGACGGUAGCUCCCGCUGGGCCACCUACCUAGAGCUGCGGCCCCGCGGGCCAAGUCCUGCCGCCCCAGCGCAGUUCGAGUGUGUGGAGGUGGCUGUGGAGGAGAGCGCCGGGCUCGUCAGGCCCCGGACGGUGCCCAAGCGUCAGAUCGAGCUGCGCCCCCGGCCCCAGAGUCCCCUACGGGCGGCUGGCACGCCUCGUCCCCGGCUGCUCCUGCGCACCGGCUCCCUGGACGAGUCGCUGAGCUGCCUGCAGGCCGCCGCGGGCUUCGUGCAAACAGCGUUGGCCAGAAAACUGAACCCGGAGGCCCCGGCCCUGAGCAGCAACACCUUCCGGCCCACGGGGCCGUCCGAUCCUGCGACCCGGGAAACGGCGCGCAGCAGCCGCGUGGUCCUGGAAAAGGCUAAGUCUCGGCCACUUCGCGUACAAGAUAAUUUGGCCUCCGCCAAAGCCCCGAGGCCGUGGCCCAGCCUCCGCGAGCGCGCAAUCCGGCGCGACAAGCCUGCUCCCGGGACCGAGCCUCUGGGUCCUGUUAGCUCCAGCAUCUUCCUUCAGUCAGAGGAGAAGAUCCAGGAGGCACGGAAGACUCGGGUCCCGAGAGAAACGCCGGAUCGAACUGUCCAGAAGGCACGGAGUCCGCCUGUUGAGUGUAGGGUCCCCUCCGAGUUUCCAAGUAGGGCUGUGAGGCCAAGGAGCCCGUCCCCGCCAUGGCAGGCUCCAAAUGGGGUUGUACGGGGUCCUCGAUGCCCGUCCCCCCGGAACCUGUCCCCGUGGGAUCGGAAUACUCAGAGGGUGAGUAGCCCAUCGUUCCCUGAAGCCUCCACCGCAUGGGAAAAUCAGAAUCCCGCUGUCGAGGAAACUGUCAGCAGAAGCCCUUCCCCUCCGACCCUUUCCCAGUGGAAUCAGUGUGUUGCAGGAGAAAGGGGUCCAUCCCUCGAAGCCCCUUCCCGGUGGGAGAUUCCACAUUCGGCAGUUGGGGAUGCGGUGGAGCCACGUAGCAGCCCGUCCCCGCGGGCCUUCUUGCCGUGGGAGGCGCCAGAUCGUCCUAUUGGAACUUGGAGCCCAUCGCCCCAAGAGACGUGGGAUCCGAUGGAUAUCCGAUCGAUAGUAUUUAGUCAGGAAGCUCAGAAUGGGUUAACUCAGGAGGACUUGGCACCACCUACACCGUCAGCACCCGGGACUCCAGAACCAACAGAGGUGCAGAGUCCAUCCACGCGGGAGAUUCCGGAUCUUGCCUUUGGAGGCAGACAGCCUUCCCCAGAGGUGGCAGCACCUGAGCCGCCCGGCAGUCACCUUGUGGGCACCCUGGACUCCGAUAAGUGCCCAGAAGUCUUGGGUCCUGGGGAAGCGGCCUCGGGACGCCCGCGCGUGGCCAUUCCGCGACCUCGAGACGUGCGCAAGUUGGUGAAGACCACGUACGCGCCAAGCUUCCCGGCGGGAACCCCAGGCUCAGGGCUGCCUGCGCCUCCUGCCGACACCUGCGGGGAGGAGGGCGGCGAAUCCAAGACCCAAGAGCUGCCGGCGCUGGGGCCCCCAGCCCCGGCUCACUACACUUCGGUUUUCAUCAAGGACUUUCUACCGGUCGUGCCUCACCCCUACGAGCCUCCAGACCCGUCCUUCGACACGGUCCCCCGCGACGCUUCACAGCCCAACGGGGUCCUGCGGCGGAGGGCAGAGAACAGCACCGCGAAGCCCUUCAAGCGCACAGAGAUCCGCCUGCCUGGGGCCCUGGCCUUGGGUCGCCGGCCCGAGGUAACCCCGGGAGUGCGAGCGCGCGGCCCAGGCGGCGAGAACAGGGAAGCAGAGGCCCAGCGCCUCGUUCCCGACGGCGAAGGUCGGACGAGCCCCCUAGGCGGCGACCGCUGCUCAUCCCAGCGCUCCCCCGUAGGGCCAGCAGGGGCCCCAUCGCCCCGCCCCAGCUCCCCUCAGGUGCACCCCAGCCCGAGCCCUGGGAUAGCACCCAAACCGAAGACACCACCUAAGGCCCCCGAGCCCGCGGCUCCGGUCCAGGCGCCACUCCCGCGGGAGCACCUGGCGACAGCUGGCAGGAUGGCACCCCCCCAACCCCGCGCUGCCUCUGCACCUCCCACGGACCGGUCCCCGCAAAGCCCCUCCCAGGGAGCGCGCAGGCCGCCCGGGGCCGCGCCCCCAGGGAAGAUCUUGGUGGACCCCGAGAGCGGCCGCUACUACUUUGUGGAGGCGCCGCGGCAGCCUCGGCUAAGGGUGCUCUUCGACCCCGAGAGUGGGCAGUAUGUGGAGGUGCUGCUGCCGCCUUCAUCUCCCGGGCUGCCCCACCGCGUCUACACCCCUCUGGCCCUGGGGCUGGGCGGCCUCUACCCCCCUGCCUAUGGGCCUAUCCCCAGCCUCUCCCUGCCACCGUCCCCGGGCCCGCAGGCCCUCGGCAGCCCCCAGCUACCGUGGGCCUCUGAGGCAGGGCCCCUGGACGGGACCUACUACCUGCCGGUGAGCGGGACCCCCAACCCCGCUCCUCCUCUGCUCCUCUGUGCGCCGCCCUCCAGCUCGCGUCCUACUCAGCCCGGCAAGGGCUCCUUGUUCCCGCUGUGAGGCCCCAGCCCGAUACCCAUGGAGUUGGAACCCUUGGAUGGCCUGGGAGGUUCUGGAAUUCAAGCCCCUACCCUCCUCUCCUUCCAUCACCUGUCACUCUGUCUUUAACCCAUCCCAGCCGGUCGUCUGACCGGAAGCGAUCUUCAGAGAAGGAAUCUGAGCCCCGAGGCUAGUGGAGCUGGAGCUCACCCAGGAAGCGGUUGCCUACUUCCUUCCCCAACAACAAAAUUAUGUAUCCCUUUCCCAGGUAUUCCCAGGGUGUGGUGUGGUGUGGUGUGUGGGUGUGUAUAUGUGUAUGUGCAGGCAGGCAAAUAGGGAAAGUGAGGCAUCGCUGGCGCUUGUCCCCAGGAGCCAAUCAGAGGAAGUGCUGGGGCUGCCCCGGGGCAGCAGGAACGGGAGCAGCAGGAGACAGGGAAGGGAACUGUCUGGCCUCCCUGAUGGCGGGCCCAGCUGAGGUGGGGCCGGCCAGUGCCCCUGGUGAGGCAGUGGUAAAGACUCUGGCUGUCAAAUCUGCUCUUAGGAAGAGGAGCUGAGCUUUGGCCCUGGAUGCUACCCGGGUGAAAGUGGCCAGUGCAGCCCCUGGGCCAGGCUGGCUCUGAGAAAGGGAGCUAAGGUGGGGGCAAUAGGUGGAGGUGAAGCAAGGCAGUAAUACAGGGAGGGCCUGGGUGAGGGGUGAGCCUGGAACUUGGGGUGGGAAGAUGGGGACCUGGCCCUCAGAGCUGAGCUGACUUGUUUUUGGGCUGGGGUGGGGCUUCAGCCCCCCACCCCCACAUCGGGAGUAGGUGAAAUGGUCAUCGGAAGGUCUGAGAAGAUGGAGGGUGGUUGGGCUCUUGUCCCACAGGAGCCUCUUGACCCUUUGUGUGGCUGGAAGGUGGGUUAGGGCUGGCAGUAGAAGUGAUACCCCUGGUGGAGUAGCCAGAGGUACCUGAAGCUCUUGGCAGCUUCCCUCCCCCAGUAACAGAUGUGGCAACAAUGCCCAGAAAGGGGGCUGGCCCUACAGACCAGUCACAGCAAGGGACAGGGCCCAGAGCCUGCCCUUCAUUUGCCCUGAAUUCCAGGAGCCUCUGAAGGAGAUGAAGGGGUCUGCAUGAGGUGGGAGGUGGUCUGUGUGGGGGUCUGUGUGUAGUUGUGAACUGGAAAUGGCUGGCCCUUGCUAGCCUGGCGUGUGAUGUGAUGAGUUUGGGAAGGGCAGUUUCCAUUAGAAGCAGUGGCAGGGAUGGGAAUGGAUGCCUUUGUUGUUCCAGGCCUGUUGGGGGGCCCAUGUCCCUCGCAGUCCCUGCCUUCUGCCCUGGACUGGAAGCUGACUAGCAGAACUAUGAAUCAGAACAACCUGGCCAUUUUUUGGCUGAGACGCCAGCUCUGAUGGCAUGGAGGGCCCUGGGGGCCACCCCAGGUGCCUUACCUCACUGCGGUGUGUAAUAAAUCACUGACCAUGGAGCCGUGAUGACUGAAAUAACUGGUGUGAGAUGCCUGAUUUCCUGCCACAGCCGCUCAACACCCUCCACAGUGCUCUUCCAUGCCUGGGUAUGGCCUGGGUGAAGGGGACCUCAGGGCUAGGGAAGGAGGCCAUGUGUGUCUUUGAAACAUUGUAGCAUCCCUGUCUCCCUGAAUUUGCCUCCCAGAAGGCUCACAGCCACACCUCAUUCCUUCUGGUGGUUGAGUGCCAGGGGGCUCUGGGGUCAAUCAGGCUUGGGUUUCUCAGCAGGGCCCCUCUAGCUAUGUGGCCUUGGAUUUGUCACCUCUCUCUGAGCCUUUGUGUCAGAAGGGGCAGAAUAAACAUGACAGUCUCAUUUCUCAGAAA